CCCCCCGUUCCUUCAGGAUAAGGCUGCUUCUGCUGUUCUGCUCCCACACCCAGUUAUUAGCCAAAAAGCUUCUUUAGCACAGCUUUGGCCCUGCAGUUUCUACUGGGAUCUAUGACUGUUUCUCCUGGACCUCCUGGACUGUGUGUAUGUGUGUAUAAGUGUACAGCAAUGUCUAGUGAAGGACUGUGGUGGUAUUGAAGAAGAUAAUGGUGGAGUUUGAUGCAGUUUGGGACGUUUGUGAACGUUGGAAUUUGCUUCUCUCAUGUGGGAAUUUUGGAACACUUUUGGAUUUUGAAUGAGUGAGAUGGAAACCUCAUCUCCAAGGCGGCGGCGGCGUGGUUGCCGUGGCACUUCUGUACCACAGCGUGGUAUCUGCAAGGGCGAUCGAGCUUUCGAGGUGGAGGCGAAGGAGGCGUGUGAUUGGCUGAGAGCAGCAGGGUUUCCCCAGUAUGUGCAGCUUUAUGAAGCUGGUUUGUUUCCGAUCGAGAUCGCCUCAGUCAGAAGAGAUCACGAGUUUCUGGACCACGACUCCGUCCGAGCGCUAUGCAGGAGGUUGACCACCUUGAACAAAUGUGCUGCUAUGAGCCUGGAGGUUCACUUUCGGUGCAAACAGAGCGAGGACUCUGAAGAGGACGAUGCAUGUGCCCUAAGUUCCCGUUGGGCUUUCCAGCGAGAGAGUAAAACCUGGUCCCGCCUCUGCACCGUCGCCCCUGGUGACGGGGUGGUGACCUUGCGGCCUUCGGCGAGCAGCGAUAGCGUCCUGAGCGAUUUUAGCCACUUAGAUGUGACCUCGCUGACCUCUGAUCUCAGCCUCAGUAGCUUAAGCUUGGACAGUGCCCGGGAGACCACCUCUCCGGGGGUGGCCUCUGGGGAAAGCUCAGAUUUGGUGCAGGUAUCGUCCAGCCGCGAUGAAAACGAUGACGUCGACUUUAGCAAUUCGUCCUCGCCUCCGUCUGUCCGGGAAAAGCCCAGACGUACCUCCAGGCUGUUCCUGCGGAGGAUGGAAUCUCUGCGGCGGCGGAAUCGUGAGAAAGAGAAGGUCACCACAGGCGUUUCCACUGAAUUAGAUUUUCGAGACAGGCCUGGGUUAGGUCUGCACUGCACUCUGGAUGCUAGUUUGCCAGGACUGACCAAAAACAAGCGCGGCAUCGGUAAGGAUUCCGCCUGGAAGGCACAUACGAUAUGCCGGACCAACAUUAGCCAAUCAGAAGCAACUGUCAAACCUCAGAGGGCGUGUCUUUACCUAGAGGACUACCAGCUCGCAUGGGAAAAACCGAAACUGACCAAUCACAGCAGUCUUCAUGGGAAGGAAAGGCGGGUUGUCCACCUUCCUUCAGACCACAAACCUGGAACCUUCCCCAAGUCUCUCUCAAUCGAGAGUCUUUGCCCCGCCCCGCUUUCGGAGUGCAGUGACCGAAUAGACUGGCCGGUAGAAGACGGAGAGUUCUCAUUGGGCGGCGGCAGCAGCAGCCAUAGCGAAUCGCAAGACUUUCUCUCCACAAGUUUCGCGAAAAGGCGGAAUUCUGUGGGAUCGAUCGGGAGCGUUUAUGACAACGUUCCGGACGUUUCUGCAGAGGACUCUUCUGCAUUUGGGGAAGAAAACGCUUUCCAUGAUCUGGAUGCCAUCCUGCAGCAAGUUCAUGGACUGCAGCUCAAUAUAGACCAGUGGUCGCACUCGCUCGACCAGCAGGUACAAGACCUGUCCAACUCCGAGAGCGAGUCCACGGCCGAGACUACUUUACCCAGCAGCCUCCAGUAUGAAGAUCAAUCAGUGUCAGACAUGGGGACAACAGUCAGCGAUUACGAGAGUGCAGGAAAUUCCCUGAACGAUGGAGACGGAGAAGGAGAAAUGAGAGAGAGGAGAGAUUCUGGGGUUGGAGCAUCUCUUACACGGCCGAGCAGGAAGUUGCGAUGGCACAGUUUUCAGAACUCCCACCGUCCGAGUGUUUCCUCAGCAUCUCAGGAGAUUAACCGUCAGUCUGCAGCUCAGCUGAAUCUGCUGCAGAAGUACAGCCUGCUGAGACUGACAGCCAUACUAGAGAAACACUGCGACAUGGGCAAACACGGCUGGAGCUGGGCUGUGCCAAAGUUCAUGAAGCGUUCCAAAAGUCCAGACUAUAAAGACAAGCAUGUGUUUGGGGUCCCACCGUUUAUAAACGUCCAGUGCACUGGCCAGCCCCUCCCACAGAGCAUCCAGCAGGCCAUGAGGUACCUGCGCAGCCAGUGUUUGGAGAAGGUGGGAAUAUUCCGGAAAUCUGGAGUUAAAUCCCGUAUCCAGGCUCUCAGGCAGCUCAAUGAGAAUUCUCCUGAUCACGUGACCUACCAGGGCCAGUCAGCCUAUGACGUUGCAGAUCUGUUAAAGCAGUAUUUCAGAGACUUACCUGAACCUGUUCUGACCUCCAAACUCACCGAGACCUUUCUGCAUAUUUACCAGUUUGUCCCUGAGUGUCAGAGGCUACAGGCAGUACAGGCGGCGGUGGUUCUCCUUCCUGAUGAGAACCGAGAGGUUCUGCAGACUCUGCUGUAUUUCCUCAGUGACAUUGCGUCUGCGCAGGAGAACCAGAUGACUGCAGAAAAUCUGGCCGUGUGUCUCGCCCCAUCAAUACUGCACCUAAACACAUCCAAACGAGACGGAACCUCACCCAGGUUAAUCAGCCGGAAGGGAGGAGCCAAGCCUGACCACAAGGACCUGAGUGAGAACAUGGCUGCCACACAGUGCCUCUGUCACAUGAUCACAGAGUGCAAGAAACUCUUUCAGAUUCCUCAUGAGAUGAUGCUGCAGUCGCGUAACUCGUACGUUGCGGCGGACGCGCAGCCCCUCCCCCUGCACGGGUUUGGGGUGAACGCUCGGGGCGAGCGAGUGGAUUAUCGGGCGUAUCUGCAGGAUAACGUUCAGUGUUUACUCAGAGAGGCUGCAGAGAAGAGCAAAGGCUGGCACAGUGUGAACGGCCCAGAUAACACUGAGCUUUCUUAUAAAAAGGUUGGGGAUGGACACCCGAUUCGCCUGUGGCGCAUUUCUGCCGAGAUGGAGGCUCCGCCCCCGGUGGUCCUGCAGCGUGUGCUGCGGGAGCGCCACCUGUGGGAUGAGGAUUUACUUCACAGUCGUGUGAUCGAGACCCUGGAGAACAACACUGAAGUUUUUCACUACAUUACCGACAGCAUGGCGCCUCAUCCACGCAGAGACUUCGUAGUGCUGCGGCGCUGGAGCAGUGAUCUGCAGCGAGGUGCGUGUAUUCUCGUGUCCUCUUCGGUUGAACAUGACAACGUGCAGCUGGAGGCGGGUCUAAGGGCAGUGCUUCUCACAUCGCGCAUUCUGAUUGAACCUUGUGGAAUGGGGCGGAGCCGGCUAAUACACUACUGCCGAGCAGACCUACGGGGGCGCUCUCCUGAUUGGUAUAAUAAAGUGUUUGGUCAUCUGUGUGCUGCGGAGGUCGCUCGGAUACGUGGAUCAUUUCCUGUACUGUCAGCCCGAGGACCAGAGACAAAGAUCUGAGACGAGGAAAAUGAGAGAAACUGCAGUCAGUCUACAACUGGAGUAAAUGUUAUACAGCAGUAUUACCCAUCUGAAAUCAAUGUGCACCACUUUUAAAGCCAUAGUUGACAAAUUGUACUUAAUGAUCCGUUUCAUUUUGCCUAAGAGGCAAAAUGCUUUAUUAUUAUUUUUAAUAUUUUUUAUUAUUUUUUUUUUUAUUUGCUGAACUCUUCUUUUAAUGAAGCGUUAAUGUGGACUCUGUGGUGACCUCGUUCAUUAUUCUUACUGUCACUGAUUUACAAAAUCAACACAAUCCGCAAACUCAGUGACAGUUUAUCAUUACCUCACUGCCUGGCUGCACACACAUCUUUUAUAUCUUUUAUGAUCUGCACUAUUGUGCAUUUAAUGCUCAUCAAGUCUAGGGUUUCACAAUUGAGGAAAUUCUGUUGCACUUGCAGUUGUUGACGCAGUUUAUUCAGUUGGGACAAAGAUUCCUGUUACAGCCAGCCACUCAGCAUGCUCCUUUAAUUAAUGUAUGCGUGAAUACGUCCAAUAAAUGCUUAAAACCUCAAAAACAUAAUCCGAUCAAGCAUAACAUUAUGACCAUCUCUUUGUUUCUGAAACCCAUUAUCUUUUUUUUUUUCAGCAGUGUCGCAGCAGAGGUAUUUAAAAACUUUAGGGUGUAGGACGGUUUUUAUUAGGCUGGAGGGGGAGGGGGAGUGUUAGGGCUACAUGACCCUUCAAAACAGGCACACUCCAAACAGAGGGUUAUGAGAAUCACUGGCAGGUUGUGCACAAGCAGCCAAAUAAACCCACACAUUUUAGUAUUUUCCUUGUUAAAAAUUACAAGAACCAAUAUAUUACCAUUGUUUAAUGUGUAGUUUCAAUGCUUUAUAGCCAUUUUCUUCAUAACAAGCAUAAAAAAAAUCACUAGAAGUUUGUCUUAGUUGGUCUCAGCUUUCCCGUUCCACCUUAAAUGGUGCAAGAGGUAGUAGAGGCUGCAGCAUUUAAGAAAAUUUUACAAAUUAAAAGCUAAUUUCAGCUCCCUAUCACAGAGGAAUUGAGGAAUUGUCAGUUGUAAUAAUUAAUUGCUGCACCCCACCUGCCCCCUUUCUGAAGACAUACAAUGCCUUAAAGUUAACUACCAGCUGCAGCUAGGUUGCUGAACUUUAGCGCUCCACUGCUAUUGCUACCAAUAGCUCUGGAAAUAAAAAAGAGAGCGCACUUAAAAAUGAUGAGUUUCUUUGAUUUUACCAAAUUGAAAACCUGUGGAAUAUAAUCAAGAGGAAGAUGGAUGAUCACAAGCCAUCAAACCAAACUGAACUGCUUGAAUUUUUGAACCAGGAGUGGCAUAACGUUAUUCAAAAGCAGUGUGUAAGACUGGUGGAGGAGAACAUGCCAAGAUGCAUGAAAAUUGUGAUUUAAAAAAACAGAGUUAUUACACCAAAUAAUGAUUUCUGAACUCUUAAAACUAAAAACUAAAAACUGAAAGCUCUCCAUCUUUUUUGUUAUUUAAGCCAUUUCUCAUUUUCUGCAAAUAAAUGCUCUAAAUGACAAUAUUUUUAUUUGGAAUUUUGGAGAAAGGUUGUCUGUAGUUUAUAGAAUAAAACAACAAAGUUCAUUUCAUUCAAGCAUAUAUCUAUAAAUAGCAAAAUGAGAGAAACUGAUUCAGAAACUGAAGUGGUCUCUUAUUAUUUAUUUUUUUCCAGAGCUGUAUAACUAUAUCAGGUUCUUUAAGGGUUGUCCCAAUUCUUUAGGGGAUGAUUUUACCCCUUUUCUAUGUGACUGUUCCUAAGAGAAGGGCUACAGUCAAAAAACCUCAAAGGGUAGAGGAAAUGGGAUUGGAUUGGAUUGGACUGGAUUAUUACAUCACUAUUAUGUCAGUGUUACUGCAGUGCUGAGCAUGAUCCACCACCUCCCAAACAAUAGCUGCUCUGUGGUGGUGCUGUAGAACAGAGUAAAAAGGAGUAUAAUAAAAUAAAAGAAUUAUGCCGAGAAACAGAUACAGGACUACAGUCUGUAAUUUUAGAACUACAAAGUGCUCUAAUAUGAUCAGUGGAGCUGAAAAAGUGGAUAAUGGGUGUAGAAACAAGAAGGAGGUUGUGAUGCUUGAUUAAUUAUGCUUUAUCGUUGUAAAUAAGAAUUCAAAUGGCACACACUCUCUUGCAUAAGGACACUGGCUGUGUGUGUGUGUGUUUUGUCUGGAGUCCAGCGGUGAUGGUGAAUCAUCCAGAAUAACAUCGGCAUUAAAAGAGCUGGUAAAAGCCUCAGACGGCUGUCUGUGUGUUUGAGGACGGAUGGAUGCAGUGAUCCAGGCUUUAUCUGCAGAGAGGAAAUGUGCUGAGAUUGCAGCAGGUUCAUUCAUACACACACACACACACAACACACUUACCUGCUUCAGCAUUGUACCUGCAGCAGAUGCUCUCUGAGGAGGUGUGUGUGUGUGUGUGUAUUUGUUUAAACAGAGUGUUUAGAUUACAGGAUAGCUCAAACACAUGCUGAUUUUGCUGACAGGGAAUAUAUAUGGUAUUAUCCACCAAUUAACUUCCAUUCAUUAUCAGCAACUUUGGCAGGCUUAAGUCAAGAAAGUUCCAGAUAAUUUUGGUAAAUCCCAUAGGAUCCCUCUCCAUUAGGGCUGCACAAUAUUGCAAAAAACACAUUGACAUUGCAAAUGUUCUUUUUUUCGACGAUAUAUAUAGCAAAAUAUUAAACGGGCCCAUGACUUCACCAGCCCCUUUCCCACCUGCACGCUGUUUUAGAAUCAGCGCCAAGCACUCAAAACCCGAGGAAAACAGCAAAGCAACAGUAAUCGGCCCUUUAAUCAGGCAUUUAAAUGGCUUUUUAAAACAUUUUCUGGAAUAAAAAGCGUGAAUUCAGCUGUAACUGGAAAUAUCUGAGCAAAACUGUGCUGAUCUGAGGUGCUCAGCUUUCAACACCUGCAUUCACAAGCACAUGCACCCAACCAUGUGGAUGGAGGCCAUGUGGUUACCUCGUAUUUACUCCUGCAAUCACGCUCCCCCACCCCUUGAUGCUUCUCAGGCAGCAGCAGCCUGUCACUCACACAGACACAGAGACAGCGCUGUGCAUCUACUUCUUGUGUCAAGAAUCAAAACAUUGCAACAUGACGUUUAAUUUAUUCACCUUAAUGUGACUAUUGCGCAUGCACACAUCGCGAUGCCGAUGCUUAAACGAUAUAUCGUGCAGCCCUACUCUCUAUGCACUCUCCUCUGUGUAGGUCUGCGUAUGUGUGUGUGUUGCCAUUUGAUCUUUAAACUCAGGCGCUAGGUGCUAUGUUAAUAGUUCAUCUAUCUAAACUCAAAUCUAUCGAGGCCCUGCCGAUGAAUGUGUUCUUCCAGAGCUGCUGUUCCAAGCUUUACAGAGCCAUGGUAAAAAAAAAAAUCCAGUUCAGUCCUAAUAAGAGACUAUAACACACUCUAAAUGUAGGUAUUGUGAUUUACAGUGGUAUUAAAAAGUUUUGGCACCCCUGGUAAAUUUCAUGAUUUUCGUUUAUAAGUCAUUGGUUGUUCAGAUCAGCAAUUUCAGUUAAAUAUAUCAUAUAGCAGAUGAACACAGUGAUAUUUGAGAAGUGAAAUUAAGUUUAUAGAAUUUACAGAAAGUGUGCAAUCAUUCUUUAAACUAAAUUAGGCAGGUGCAUAAAUUUGUGCACUCCAACAGAAAAAUGACAUCAAUAUUAAGUAGAUCCUCAUUUUGCAGAAAUAACAGCCUCUAAACUCUUCUAUAGCUUCUAAUGAGAGUCUGGCUUCUGGUUGAAGGUAUUUUGGAUCAUUCUUCUUUAUAAAACAAAAAUCCAUGCAAUAAUCCUCAACUUUAACAAGAUUCCCAGUCCCUGCAUUAAACACACAGCCCCACAGCAUGAUGGACCACCACCAGAUUUUACUGUGGGGAGCAUUAAAGUGUUUGUCUUGGAAUGCUGUGAUGUGAUACAGACCGCCUUCCAAAUAACUCAAUUUUAGUUUCAUCAGUCCUCAGAAGCUUAUUCCAAAAUGAAGCUGACUCAUCUAAAUGUGCUUUAGCUUUAGCAUACCUUAAGCGGCUCUGUUUGUGGCGUGUGCUCAGAAAAGACUUCUUCUGCAUUAAUUACUCUCAUACAGCCUCUCCUUGUGUAAAGUGCACUGAAUAGAUGAACGAUGCACAGUGACCCCAUUUCAUUUUGUUUAAAGAAUUAUUGCUCACUUUUUUGUAAAUCCUAUAAACUUCAUUUCACUUCUCAAAUAUCAAUCUGUUCAUCUGCUAUAUGAUAUAUUUAACUGAAAUUGCUGAUUUGAACAACCAAUGAUUUAUAGAUUUUAGUCUCUCAUUAGAACUGAAUGGGUAUAUUUUAUCAGUGUUCUGUAAAGCUUGUAGUAACAGCAUCAAAGGAAGAUCUAGUGUUUCAGUUUUUUAGUGUUUUAUACAAAUGAAAACAUGCUCAAUUGUGAACUAUGCAAACUCUUUUUAAAGCUUGUUAAACGUUGUUUAAUCACAGUAAUUAUUGUUUUAUGAAUCCUCAUCUGUUUUUUUUUGUUUUGUAUUUAUCUGUUUUGUGAUGUGUACAGUUUUAAACGUUUUUUGUAAAGAGAAGCACAAUAUCAACAUCAAUAUCAGUACAGCUCAUUCUUCUCAUUAAGGCUGUGUUCAGACUGCAGACAAAUUGAAUUUGAAUUUGUUUCUUAAAUCAGAUCUGUUAAAAUCACUGGGAUCAGAUCUGAUUCGCGUAUCUGCAUGGGUUGCUGUGGUAACGAGGUUUGGCGCUCUUCUUGGACCCCGGCACUACCAAAAAUCAAUCUGGAUACAAUGUAGUUUAGCCCAAAAAUCGGAUUUGUUCACCUGUACCUGCAGGUCUGAAUUUACAGCCUUAUUGACAGACUGAUUACCGUUCUCUUACUUUUAUUUUUCUUGCUUAUCUUCUUUUUAAUUAUUUCUCUUGUAUCAUAUAUAUAUAUAUAUAAUUUUUUUUUCAAUUCUCUUUUCACUUCUUUUUUUUUCUUUCCCCCGUCUUCUUUCUCCUCUUUCUCUUUUUUUUUUUUUCAAUUUUUCUGUUCUCCUUUUUCCAUUUUCUCUCCUUUCAUCUCUCUCUCGCUUUGCCUCUCUCUUUGUUUCUUUUCUUUCUGAUUUCUUUUUCAUGGCUUCUUUUGUUUUUCACUCUCCUUUUUCUUGUCUCAUGUCUUUUUUUUCUAUUCUUUGUCCUGUUUCUCUGUAGUCUGUUCUUCUUUAUUCUUCUUGAUUCAUUUGUACUCUUUGUUUAAUGUCUCACUCAGCUCUACUCAAGUGACAUCAUUGACUCUCUGUGUUCUCUUCAGAAAUUAAAGUGUGUGUGUGUGUGUGUGUGUGUGUGUGUGUGUGUGUGUGUGAGCAGUAUUGUAUCUGGGCAUUAUGUCUGAUCAGUGUUUUGUAUUAUAUAUUAUGUGUAAAAUACGGAAAAGCUUUAACUGAAGUUGUUUUAAGUGUGAUACAAUCUUUCACUUGUGUGCCUUCAUCAUUAAAUAUGUGUGUAUGUAUGUAUGUAUGUAUGCUUAUAUAUAUAUAUUUGUGUCGUGUGUGUAUGUAUGCGCACACAUGUAGCUUUUUUAUUAUCUUGUUCUCUUUACAAGCCUUGAACUGAUAAACUGAAUCUAUAUGCAGUUUGUGUUUCUGUGCUGAUCUGAGAUCAGAUCUUAUGUCCAAACCAAACUCACUAAAACUCUAAACUGAUCUCAGCUCAGAAACACCGCUCCUCCCCCCUCUGUCCUCCAGCCCUCAUGUCUUACUUUAAUUUAUUUCUUUCAUUACAUCUUCCAGAUAUCAUUAUCCAAAUGCAAUAAAGUAAUAAAUACUUAAUGCUAUAAAUCUAUACAAUGUUGCUUGUGAACUAGCAAGGAAUUUUGAGUUGGUAAAACUGCCUAAUGUGUGUGUUUAAUCCCUGCUGAACAGUUUAACUGUUGUGAAGUUUUGUUUGUGUUGCAGAAUUAAACGUAUGUCUGUUUUUGUAUCCUAUUCAGUUUUUAUGUUUUGUAAUGUAUGAUCUCAGUGAUGAGAGCACUGAGGAAAUGAAUAAAUCCUUUUUUUUCAGCAAAUGUAA